UCUGUGGCUCCGCGGCGCCGGACGUCUCCGUGACGUCCCUGGUAGAUUUGAGCAGCUGAUCACCUUGGACAUUGCCUGCCCAGCCAUGGCUUCAGCGCAGACGUACGUGCGCUACGCCCACCCAGAGGGUCCGGUGGGCGUGCUGUACCUGGGCGACGGCAGUCAGCUGGCCACUGUCGGCUGCGACGGCGAGCUGCGCCUGUGGCGUGGCGUCGAAGACGACGACCCUGACACGCAUCCGCUGGGCGACACGCUGACGGCGCUGGCCGCCGCCGGGCCGCGGCUGCUCGUCGGUACGGACGCGCACGCGGUGGCCGCCUUUCGGCUGCCGGGCGUGCAGCCGGACGGCGUGCUGACGCGCUACACGGCGCCCGUGACCGACAUCCACGCGGCCGGCGAGCUGGUGGCGUCCGCCGGCUGCGACAUGGUGGCGCGCGUCAGUUCGCUGGACGGCGAGCGUCAGCUGGAGAUCGACGGCUUCGGCGCGCCCGUCCUGAGCGUGGCGCUCGACCCGCGCGCCGCCGUGCUGCUCACCACCUGUUGCGACGGCCGCGUCGGCUUCUGGGACGCGCGCUCCGGCCGCCGCGGCGUGCGCCUCUUCUCGGGCGCCGACUGGGCCGAGUCGGGCCGGCUGGCCAGCGCGCUGCUCACCAAACCGGUGACCGCGUGCGCCUUCUCGCCGUGUGGUCGGUUCGUGGCGGCGGCCACGCAGGACGGGCUGCUGGUGGAGUGGCGGCUGGGCGGCGCCGAGGCGCGGCGCAUCGACCAGCACGAGGCCAAGCUGCGGCUGAACGCGCUCUGCUGGCACCCGGACGGCGACCGGCUAGCGUUCAGCGACUGCGCCGGCCAGCUGGGCGUGACCUCGGGCGUGCGUGCCGGCCGUGACGCUGACGCCGACGCUGACGCCGAUGCGCCAAUGGACCUCGACAGCCUACAGGCGGCCAUCGACGACGACGACGACGAGCGAGACCUGCUCGAGGCGGCGCUGGACGGCGAGCGGAACACCCUGGAGGCGCCGACGGGCGCCGAUAGCGACGACGACGACGAGAACGUCAUCUCGCUGCGCAAGAUCAAGGCCGAGUCGGGCUUCGUUUCGGACGAGGAGAGCGGCGCGAAGGGCGGCGAGUCGCCCGCGUUCCAGCCGGGUAGCACGCCUGCCCACCUGGAGCGGCGCUUCCUGGCCUGGAACUCGGUGGGCGUGGUGACGGCGCAUGACGAGGAGUCCAUCGACGUCGAGUUCCACGACUCGGCCGUGCACCACCCGCUGCACCUGCGCAACGCGCUCGGCCACACGCUGGCCGCCCUGUCGGACGAGGCGCUACUGCUGGCCGCGCCAGGGCAGGACGACCAGCCUGCCAAGCUGCAGUGUCUGCACUUCGGCUCGUGGGACUCCAACAAGGAGUGGUAUCUCGACCUGGCCGCCGGCGAGGAGCCGGAGGCGGCCGCGCUCGGUGCCGGCUGGCUGGCGGUGGCCACCAGCCACCGCCUGCUGCGCCUCCUCACGCUGACAGGCGUGCAGCGUCACGUGCUGAGCCUCAGCGGGCCGGUGGUGUGCCUGGCCGGCUGGGAGGACCGGCUGCUGAUCGUGCAGCACGCCGGCACUGGCCUGCCGGGCGAGCAGAGCCUGACGGCGCAGGUACUGUCGGCGGCAGGCCGGCGGCCGCCGCGCGUCGCGCCCGCGCCCGUGCCGGUGCCGCUGGCGCCACGCGCGCGCCUUGCCUGGGCCGGCUUCACAGACCAGGGCACGCCGUGCGUGUCCGACACGAGCGGUGCGCUGCGCCUGCUCACCGGCCAGCACGGCGCGGCCUGGACGCCGUUGGAGGCGCCGCACCCAGGCGCCGACCACCUGUUUGUGGUGAGCGUCAGCGAGCUGGAGCAGACGGCGCGUGUGCUGCUCUGUCGCGGCAGCCGCUUCCCGGCUGUGUUGCCACGUCCGGCGCUCAGCCUGCUUCCGCUUCGCCUGCCUUUAGCCGAGCCAGACACGGCGCGCGGCCGACUCGAGGAGGAGGCGGUGCGUGCACGGCUUCUGCUCGACGCGCUCGGCCGGCUGGGCGCUGCGGGCUUCGACACGGACGAGGCGCGCGUGGAGCCGCGGCGCGCCCGCGCCGCCGCGCUCACGCAGCUGUUCGCGCUGGCCGUGCGCACGGACCGGGAGCACCGCGCGCUGGAUGUGGCUGCGCAGAUGGAGGAGGUGUCCACAGUAGAGGCAGUGGCUGGCUACGCCUCCCGGCAGCGGCGCGCGCUGCUGGCCGACCGGCUCGUCCGCCUGGCGCAGACGCUGGCCGACGCGCCACCGGACGAGGACGAGGCGGAGGAGGAGGACGAGCCGCGGCCGAACGCGCGGCGCGAGGAGCCACCGCAGGCGCCGGGCCGCCAGGAGGACCCCGCCGAGAUGUCGGCUGAGGAGGAGGAGCAAGAGGAAGACGCGGAUUCCGUUCCCCCGACGCUUCCCGAUCUGCAGCGCGCGGCGCGCCCCGCCAGCCCCGUCAUCUUCACGCCCAGUCCUCGGAACCCCUUCAAGUGCGCCACGGCCAAGGCGCCUCAGGCUGGGAGGGGCGCAUCCGUAUUCGACGACAUCAAACGUCAGCAGGCGUCGACCAAGCGGGUGCUGCCAGAGGGGAAGGCGAAGGUUUCAGCCAAGUUGAAGCGACCCAGGGUGAGCAAGGAGGCAGCCGGAAAGCUGACCUCGUCGAUCAGAAGCGCUUUCGUGUCCAAGCUGUCGUCUGAGAGUGUUGAAAAUGUCGAGAACACGGAGCCCAUCAGCGACAAGGAACAGGAAAAGACGACAGUGAACACUGACGUCAAGACUGCCCCCAAAGCCGGCUCGGGACUGGCCAAGCUGUCAGCCUUCGCAUUUUCUGAUGAUUAGGUUUUCUGUCGCUCCUCGCGGUAUGCGCGUCGUGGGUUUUGAUGACCAUUGGUUUCGGGCAGCGUGUCACCUGUCUCCGAAUUUUAUGUGUGCAUGUUUGAUUUGCGUUGAAUUUCAGGAUGAGAUGCCAGCGGUGGUCGCCAAUGUUUUUGAUAAAUGCAGUGCCGUUUUAAUGUCAUUAGGCGUUUCCCUUGUAUCGCGCAGAAUGUCAGAUGUUAAAUGUCAGAAGGGAAAGGCAAGUGUGAUUGAGAGCGCUUCUGCGGAAUGGUGCUGACCGCGCCCCGAUCCAAACAUUUGCCUUAGAAUACACAUGCCCUUUGUUU